AUGUAUAUGCGCCUGGCCGACGCCUGCGACCUGCUCGGCGUGCCGCCCUCCGCUUCGCGCGAGGACGCCCAGAAGGCCUACCGCAAGUGCGCUCUGCGCCAUCACCCAGACCGCAACCCUGGCGACCCGAGCGCCACCUCAAAGUUUCAGUCGAUCGGCGAGGCGUGGGACCGGCUGCAGCAGUACCACGACAACCCUCGCCGGUGGGGCGCAAACGCGGAUGAAUCGGACGAGGACACCGCCGACUCUGCAACCGGCGCCGACCACUUUGCUUCGUCCUGGGAGGACCUCUUCCGGCGCUGGUACGCUGGCCCGCCGCCCCCGAACAGAGGCGGCGGCCGCGCCUGGGACUUUGAGCCGCCUCCGCAGCACCGCGCCGACUGCAAGCGAGGGAGGGCGGAGGCCGCCUCUGCGCUUCGGCGUCUCUUCACAUCCUGCCGCUGCGAGCAGGCGCGCGCCAAGGAGGAGGCCGCGCGGACGGCGCAUCAGCGAGUGGCGGAGGCGGAGGCCGAGCGGAGGCGCGAGCAGAAGUGGAUGGCUGAGCAGACCGCGCGGCGGGAGAGAGUGACGGCGGCGCUCCGCACGCACCUCUCGGGGCCGGUCGAGCUCUCCGUGCCGCUGGACGAGCUGCUGCUCCGCUUCAGCGCGCUCAAGGCGAGGGCGGACGCGGCGAGGCGCGCGGUGUCGCACGUGUUCGGCAUGUCCGGGGCGUCCAAGGACACGCGCAUGACAUGUCUGAGACAUGUCCACAGGCGCGCGGUGUCGCACGCGCGCGACGGCGCCGCCGAGUGGGACGAGGUGAGGGCGCUGCUUGCGAGGGCAGAGGCGAGGCUGGACGCGCUGGGCGAGGCGGCGGAGAAGGCGGCGGCGGCAGAGGCGGCAGCAGAGGCGGCCGCAGAGGCGGCAGGGUCGGGCGCGGCGGCGGAGGCGCAGGCGGAGGCGGAGGCGGGAGUGGCGGCGGAGGCGGGCGUGGCCCUUGAUGCUGCUCGCAAUCGGGCCGACGAGGAGGGCGGCGGCGAGGCGGAGGCAGGGGAGAGGCCGAAGGGGAGGAGAGGCGGUGGCGGCGGCCGCAAGGAGAAGCCGGGCAAGGCUGCCGUCGAGCAGCAGGCGAUACAAGCCCUCUCGUCGGCGUUGACGGUGGAGGAGCUCGAGGACGCAAUCAAGGCUGCGGACGGCGUGAGGAGGGCCUCACCGGCGCUGCUCAAGGCGAUCGAGAAGGCGUGCGAUCGGCUCGCAAGACUGUAG